AUGUGUGGUAUCUUCGCUGCCUAUAAACACCAGGACGUUCAAACGUUCAAGCCAAAAGCGCUGCAACUUGCCAGGAGGAUUAGACACCGUGGUCCAGAUUGGUCCGGUAAUGUGAUCAAGAACACUACAAUUUUGGCACACGAAAGAUUGGCCAUCGUUGGCCUUGAUUCCGGAGCCCAGCCUAUCACCAGUCCAUGCGGUAACUACACGUUGUGUGUCAAUGGUGAAAUCUACAACCAUAUCAAGAUCAGAGAAGAGUUCUCUGAGUACCCAUUUGCCACAUUAAGCGAUUGUGAGCCCAUUAUUCCACUUUAUCAGAAAUACGACAUUGACACUCCAAAAUACUUGGAUGGUAUGUUCGCGUGGUGUCUGUACGACGCCAAGCAGGACCGUAUCGUGGCUGCUAGAGACCCCAUCGGUAUCACCACUCUUUACAUGGGUCGUAACUCUCUGUCGCCCAAGACCGUCUACUUUGCGUCAGAGCUGAAGUGUCUAACGGAUGACUGUGACAACAUUAUCGCUUUCCCACCUGGACAUGUCUACGACUCCAAGACGGACAAGAUCACCCGUUACUUUACCCCAGACUGGUUGGACGAACAACGUAUUCCAUCUGAGCCCUUGAACUACAAGCAAAUUAGAGAGUCUUUGGAGAAGGCCGUGAGAAAGAGAUUGAUGGCCGAAGUGCCAUACGGUGUGCUGCUAUCUGGUGGGCUGGACUCCUCGUUGAUCGCUUCGAUCGCAGCUCGUGAGACGGAGAAGGCCAACAAUGAAAUAGACGUUCAGGCAUACGACUCCGAGGCAAAGCAUCUAGCUGGGAUUGACGACUCUGGACAUCUGCGCAGUGCUGGCUGGUCUCGUUUGCACUCCUUCGCCAUCGGUCUGCCCAACGCACCAGAUUUGCAGGCUGCCCGUAAAGUGGCCAAGUUCAUCGGCUCGAUCCACCACGAGCACACUUUCACACUGCAGGAAGGUCUAGACGCCCUGGACGACGUCAUCUACCACUUGGAGACUUACGACGUUACCACCAUCAGAGCCUCGACACCAAUGUUCUUGCUGUCGAGAAAGAUCAAGGCACAAGGUGUCAAGAUGGUGCUGUCCGGCGAAGGUUCAGACGAAAUCUUUGGUGGGUACCUAUACUUUGCACAAGCACCAAACGCCAGUGAGUUCCACACUGAAUCCGUAAAGCGUGUCAAGAACCUGCAUCUCGCCGACUGUUUGAGAGCAAACAAGUCCACAAUGGCCUGGGGUCUGGAGGCUCGUGUGCCGUUCCUAGACAAGGAUUUCCUACAGCUGUGCAUGAACAUAGAUCCAAAAGAGAAGAUGAUCAACAAGGAGAGCGGCCGCAUCGAGAAGUACAUCCUAAGAAAGGCUUUCGACACCACGGACGAGCCCGAAGUCAAGCCCUACCUGCCAGAAGAGAUUCUAUGGAGGCAGAAGGAACAAUUCUCAGAUGGUGUCGGUUAUUCCUGGAUUGACGGUUUGAAGGACACCGCCGAAAGAGUCAUCUCCGAUGAGAUCUUCGCCGCUCCAAAGUCUUCCUGGGGAGACGACGUCCCAACCACAAAGGAAGCUUUCUGGUACAGACUCAAGUUCGACGCUCUCUUCCCACAGAAGACCGCUGCAGACACAGUCAUGAGAUGGGUGCCAAAGGCCGACUGGGGAUGUGCCGAGGACCCCUCUGGCAGAUACGCCAAGAUCCACGACCAGCACGUCGAGAACUAA